AUGCAAAUUAAAUGCACAUGUAUAUUUAUUGUUAGUACGUAUACUGAUGGCAAACCACCUCCUAGUGCCGAGUGGUUCUGUAAAUGGUUAGAGGAAUCAUCCAAUGACUGCCGUGUACCUAAGUCUCUUCUUCAAAAUGUAAAGUACACUGUAUUUGGACUUGGGAAUUCACUGUACAAAGAUCAUUUCAAUAUGACUGGUAAAGACAUUGAUAACUGGAUGAGCCUUUUAGGUGCAGAGUGUGUUCUGCCUCUUACACUUGGAGAUGAAAACCAUGUUAACAGUCAAUAUGGUGGGUUGGAAGCUGAUUUUCAGGAUUUCUGCUUCCAGUUCUUCAACUAUCUCACAAAGCCUAGUAUGUGUGCUUGUGGGAGAAAUGACCAGUGUACUGAAGAGAAAAAUGAUGUUCCUAACACUGAAAAUGUCUUAUCUGAUUCCUAUGAGAUAUUGUAUGAAAGUUCCAGUGAAGAAGAGAAAGAKAAAGAUGAAAAAGAAGYRAAGGAAGUGAAAGAUUCAGGAAUGGUAGACCUAGAGGACUUGGGACCUGCUAUAAGGAAGAUGAAAACAGCAAAAGAAACUGAAAAAGGAUUAAUAUCAAAUGAGCCAAAGGAAAUGGUGACUCCAGUGAUUAGACAAUCUCUCACAAAACAAGGAUAUAAAAUUAUYGGUUCUCACUCAGGAGUUAAGCUGUGUAGGUGGACAAAGUCAAUGAUGCGAGGAAGAGGUGGAUGUUAUAAACACACAUUCUAUGGUAUUGAAAGCCAUYGCUGCAUGGAGACCACACCCAGUCUUGCCUGUGCUAAUAAAUGUGUGUUUUGCUGGAGGCAUCAUACCAAUCCAGUUGGCACAGAAUGGAAAUGGCAAAUGAAUGAGCCAAAGAUGAUAGUUGAYGGAGCAAUGCAAAAUCACUUUAACAUGAUCAAACAAUUCAAAGGUGUUCCUGGUGUAAAAAUAGAAAGAUUUAAUGAAGCAAUGAAGAUCAAACACUGUGCAUUAUCUCUUGUAGGUGAACCAAUCAUGUAUCCUAAAAUCAAUGAACUUGUUCAACUCCUUCACAGUCAUGAAAUAUCAACAUUUCUGGUGACUAAUGCACAGUUCCCUGAUGCUAUAAGAGAUCUUGUACCAGUAACUCAAUUGUAUGUYAGUGUUGACGCAAGUACAAAGGACAGUUUGAAGAAGAUUGACAGACCAUUAUUUAGAGAYUUUUGGCCACGUUUCUUAGACAGUUUAAAAGCUUUGUCAGAUAAGGGUCAAAGAACAGUUUAUCGUCUAACAUUAGUGAAAUCCUGGAACACAGAAGAACUUCAGAAUUAUGCUGAUCUUGUCUCGUUAGGAAAACCAGACUUUAUCGAAAUCAAGGGAGUGACAUAUUGUGGCGAGUCMAAAGCUUCAUCCCUUACAAUGGCUAAUGUGCCAUGGCAUCACGAGGUGAUUGGCUUUGUUCAGCAGUUGGCCGACCUUUUACCUGACUAUGAAUUAGCUUGUGAACAUGAACAUUCCAAUUGUCUGCUACUAGCGAACAAGAAGUUUUUCAUCGACAAUAAAUGGCAUACCUGGAUUGAUUACUCAAAAUUCCACGAACUGAUAAAAACAUACGAUGAAAGUCAAGGAAAAGCAACGUUCACAUCAGCAGACUACAUGGCUGAGACUCCAGACUGGGCUGUGUUUGGUAAUCAACACAGGGGGUUUGAUCCUGAUGAGACUCGAUGGUAUAGAAAGAACAGAAAAGAUGUCAGCGGUUGCUAAUAAUUACGUCAUGUUUUUUAGAUGAAGUCAUMUACUAGAUGACGUCAUAGAUUUUGGAAAACCUUUCACUAAGAUGUUCUGGCGUCGUUGAUUAUAUAUGACGUCAAACAGCAAACGAUAACCACAAGCCGGCCAUUUUGAAUCGGUUUACAAUGUAUCAUGGGAUACAAAUCUUCGUGUCUUUGGCUAAUAAAUGAAAAUUCUCGUCUAUUAAUUGCACAUUUUUGUAAGUUUUUUUCUGUCCAUUUUGCUGUGCGAUAUUUGUCUUUCCCCUAGUAAAUAUCUGAGAUUAACUACAGUGUACGCAUUUUCCGAUUUCCAAAAACUGAGACGAUGGCACAAAUCAGUGACUGAAGUCAGCUUCUAUCUUGCUCACUAUGUGUGAAGGUCUCUUAGGACAAACUUUAAAUCGCUCUUCAUGAUUGGAAUGCAAACAACGACUUUAUCAAACUGCCAGUUUAUUUAUUUACAAUUUACAAAUUCAAGUAAACGGUGCCAUUUUCUGUUCAAAAUAAAUAGAAAAAGCAAAUUUGAAUAGGACAGACUGAUUACAAUAUGAUGAGUUUUCAUUUCUCAUACGGCCACUCUGGGGCAAAUAUCAGCAUUAAACUGCAGUAUUAAAACCAUCUUGUAAACAAAUGCAUGUCAUUUGCUAUAAAACAUUAGCUCUUUUUCAAGCCAGUUCAACUUAUACUAUUGUCAUACAACCGUCAUGCACGCAUUUUCAGUGCAACGGAGCCUUGUAAGAUAAAAUGGCCACAAAUUGCAUGGCUGUCUUGUAGCGUUUGACUAUGGGGGUUGAAGCGGAAUCCAGAAAACCGAAAGACAUUUUAUGCAAUACCUAAUAAUUGACUUAUGGAAAACGGAAUAGCACAAAACAACGUAGGAAAAAAAGAAAGAAAACUUCAAAACCUUUUUAAAAUGUUUUAUCACGUAAUACGGAAUACUCAUUGUACAAAAUAUUGCGCUUUAACCUCCGAGUUUGACUCGGGCUGAAGUGGAGGAAAGAAAAAUUGAAUUAUCACAGUUGGUUCAACAUUUAUAACAGUUUCAAAGAAGUAGAAUAAGGAUAGCAUAAGCCAUGGUCACAGAACCUACAAUGUCACAACUGCCAAACUUAUGAAUAAAAGAAAUUUUGGUAUUAUUAUUUAAAAAA